AUUAGACAGAUUCAAUCAAGUUAACUUGAUCCUGAUUGCUUUGGCAGUCACCUCAAUACCCAUCAAAGAUGUCUGGUUACACGGACGCUUUGCCAAGAUUCAAAACUAAAUAAAAUGCUAAUCUCUGUCAAGUACUGUAAGUACUACACUAGUGAAGGUUCCAGCUCUCAGUUGUCUUCUUUUUGUCAGAAGAAGCAGUCCUACACGGCACAGUCGUUCCUCCUUAAUCCUAUCCAUUUUCCCUUCAGUCUCCCAGCCGAAGCAGCAGCAGCAGCAGGAGCAGCCAGCCAUGGAGGAGGCCAAGGGAGACCACGGCGCCUUCAUGGAGAAAUUCCUGCUGCUUCCUCUUCCUCCUACUGAAGAACAGCAGCAGCUUCCCCUGCACGGCCUCACCUUCGCCAUCAAGGACAUCUUCGACAUCGCCGGCCGUGUCACCGGCUUCGGCAACCCGGACUGGUCGCGGACGCACGGGCCCGCCGCCGCCACGGCCCCCGCCGUCCUCGCCUUGCUCGCAGCCGGCGCCGCCGCCGUCGGCAGGACCGUCAUGGACGAGAUGGCCUACAGCAUCAACGGGGAGAACGCGCACUACGGCACACCCGCCAACCCUUGCGCCCCAGACCGCGUCCCCGGCGGCUCUUCCAGCGGAUCCGCCGUCGCCGUCGCCGCUAGCCUCGCCGACUUCUCCCUCGGAACUGACACUGGUGGGAGUGUGAGGGUACCGGCUGCUUACUGCGGCAUCUUCGGCCUCCGCCCUUCCCAUGGAUUGGUCUCCACUGAAAAUGUCAUCCCCAUGGCACAGAUGUUUGACACUGUCGGGUGGUUUGCUAGAGAUUUAGCUACAUUGUCUCGCGUCAGCAACGUGCUGCUGCCGCUCCCUGCUGACGAGGGCCGACGACCGAGUCGUGUCAUGAUUCCUGCAGACUGUUUUGAGAUCUUGGGCUCCUCUGUUGACGACCACACCUAUGAGAUCCUCAACGCUUCAGCAGCUAAGAUAUUCGGCAGUGAUGCAGUUGACAAUAGGAACCUUGGUGAUUUCGUGUCCAGUAACAUUCCGAGCAUCGGGAAAUUCAUGAGCAGUGCUGCAAGCGUAGAUGAAGCAACUUGUGUGCCCGCUCUGUCUGCCAUCUCACAUGUCAUGCGAUGCCUUCAAAGGUCUGAAUUCAAAGCAAACCAUGCAGAGUGGGUUAAUACCGUGAAACCCAACUUAGGCCUCGGCAUACGGGAGCGAGUAGAGGAGGCCAUCGCAUCGGCAGAUGAACCGGUCAUGGAGGAUCUUCAUGCUGUAAGGACCGAAUUCAAGACUGCACUUGCUGCUCUCCUCAAGGAGAACGGAAUCCUGGCGAUCCCUACAGUUCCAGGUGCUCCACCCAAGUUGAGGAUGGAAGCUGUGAAGCUGGAGAAUUUCCGGUCGAGAGCCUUCUCCCUGCUCUCCAUCGCCGGCCUAUCUGGGUUUUGCCAGGUCAGCAUUCCGUUGGGCACGCGUGACGGCGUCCCGGUGUCGGUUUCGCUGCUCGCACGUCACGGCGCCGACCAUUUCCUCAUUGGCGUGGCUCAGGAGCUUUAUGAUUCUCUCAGAGACGAAGCCGUCAGAGCUUGGGGCUCAUCAUCUUAGCUUCAUCGUCUUGCUGAAUCCUCCAUACAUAUACAGGACAGGAGGCAGUAUGAUUCUGUCUAUAUAUAUAUACCGUCAGGUUCAGAUUCCAGUGGGUAAGUAUCAAGUAUAGCUUGUGAUUAUGGGGAUGAUUUGAUUCCCUUAGCUUGUUGAAUGAACCAUCAUCAAGUCAGUUAUAUGAGAGGCUCUACUUUUUUGUUUUUUGAAUGACCGACUGGUGUGGUCAAAAUUACAAUGCUUUUCAUAGUAUGCUUCUUUUGGAGCCUGGGUACUUUGUUUAA